AUGGCUGGCGUUAAAGCUCUUGUGGCAUUAUCUUUCAGUGGGGCUAUUGGGCUGACUUUUCUGAUGCUGGGAUGUGCCUUAGAGGAUUAUGGUGUUUACUGGCCCUUGUUUGUCCUGAUUUUCCACGCCAUCUCUCCCAUCCCCCAUUUCAUUGCCAAACGAGCAACAUAUGACUCCGAUGCAACAAGUAGUGCCUGUCGGGAGCUGGCUUAUUUUUUCACUACAGGAAUUGUUGUUUCUGCCUUUGGAUUUCCUGUCAUUCUUGCUCGUGUGUCUGUGAUCAAAUGGGGAGCCUGUGGCCUGGUGCUGGCAGGCAAUGCAGUGAUUUUCCUUACAAUUCAAGGUUUCUUCCUUGUAUUUGGAAGAGGAGAUGAUUUUAGCUGGGAGCAGUGGUAG